UUCACGUGGCUAGCCGUUGUUAUCGUUACCAGGACGCCGUGAGAGUUUGGAGUCUGAACUUGGGGAAUCCCGAUCGUCCGCGGGCGGAAGUCGCGGCCGUGCGAGCCGUGCGCACAGCUCUGCGGUGCAGGGUGAGAUCCCUGGGUCAGGCCAAGUCAUUCAUAGCACAACCAAGCUGAGUUCUGCUUGUCAACUCUACUCAGAGGCUCCACAUGCUCACCCGAAUCCUGAGGAAAUCCGAGACCUAGAGUAGACACCACAGAAGACAUGACUACUGAUGUGAAUUUCUUCCAGAAGCCCCAGAAACUGGAAGCAGAGGAGCAGGAUGGGUCAUGUGAGAGAUUGGUGUCCUUUGAGGAUGUGACUGUGACCUUCAGCCAGGAGGAGUGGCAGCAACUGGACUCUGCCCAGAGACGCCUGUACCAGGACGUGAUGCUGGAGAUCUGCAGCCACCUCUUGGCAGUGGUUAGCCAGUACAAAGUUUAUUGGAUACCCUUCAAAAACUAAGACGAUGCGACAAAUCCAGUAGCCUUGCAAUUCACAGGGUAUCCCAGGCCAGAGGCCAUCCUUAAGAUGAAGAAAGUUGAUUUCCCACAUCAGAGGUGUCUGUGUCGAGGUGAGUGAUACUACCAGGUGAGGUAGGUAGUUGAGAGGUGUAAAAUCAGCCUACUGACUUACUCAUCCCCUCAGUAGUGGGCACCUAGAUUGCCCUACUCCCAGUUUUCAUAGUAAACACUUACUACAUUUUAAUAUGAGCAUGUAAUAGGGACAGAAAGAUGGUUACUGGAUAUUUGCUUAAGUUUCCUUCUAAUGAUCUAUACAAAUUUACAGUUCAUGUUUGAAAAUCAUGAAGAAAUCACACAUGGAUUUGUGUUUGUGUUUGUGCAUCUUAGUUGUCAAGAGUUGACAUUAUCAAGGUGGUUAAUAUAUUGUUUGUGUAAUGAGUAGAAGAAAUGUUUCUUAGCUGGGCGUUGGUGGCACACACCUUUAAUCCCAGAACUCAGGGGCAGGCAGAUCUCUGUGAGUUCAAAGUCA